UGGUCUCCUUUUGGAUGGAUCAUUACAUAUAAACAUCCAUUUUUGGAGGGGAGAGAUAUACACUUUUCUUCAUCUUUAUCGGUUGUGUCUUUAAAUUAACGAGCACUGAGAAAGAAAGAACAAGUCCACUUUAAUUUAACGGUCACACUAUAUCAUCGGUUUUAUCGAAAUGGAAUUCGGCGACGGCGGUUCAUUCGCCGUCGUCCCCACUGUCUUCAAGAGAGAAAACUAUAAGCGGACUAAACACGACGCCGUUUUCUCAAAGUGGCAGGUGUUGAUAGGAUCAAACGAUUGGGAGGAUUUCCAAACUGGGAAAGAUGGUGUUGGUAGAUACAGAGUCCACAACUUACCCCGCAAAUCUUGCCCUGGUCUGUAUGAGCUUGGUGUAGCGGUCAUCGGUCAAGACCAAGGUCGAAAGCUUGAAUCUGAUGAUGUUCUUGCUGCAUAUCUAGGACAAGCUGAAAGUGUUAGGUCUAGACUUCAGCGUUAUGGAAGAUCUGGUGCUCAUUUGCGGAAUGUUAACAACCUUAACGACUGUGAAACCAUUGAGUCUCCAGUUAAGAAGGCUGUUACCGGUGGUUUAUUUGAGGACAUAUUCUCGAAACAAGGCUCCAUUUUAUAUAGAUGGGCUCCGAUGAGAUCCAAGAGAGAAGCUGAGGCAACAGAAGGAAUGCUUUUGAGCACAUUUGACUAUGCUUGGAACAAAGGAAGUAACGGGGAGCGACGGCAGCUUGAUUUACUCAAGAAGCUCGGUGAUCGCGAGUUUAUGAGCAAGAGAAAGUCCGGUAUAUCGCGAGUGUUGUUUCCUUUUCUUCGGAACCAAGUUGGUAUCAGAAUCAAAGGAGAGAAGCAUCUGCUUAAAGAAGAGAGGAAGCUAAGUUGUGAUGUUGAUGAAGAGAAGAGUAAUAACUUCUUCACUUCAAUACUCAAACUCACCAGGUCAAGACCUCAACCGGUUUCAGACAGAUUUGAAGAGGUUGAUGGUUCUUCUUCUGAUUCUGUUUGUGGAGUCUUACUUGAAAAUGGAGGUUGUUGCAAUAGAAGUCCUGUCAAAGGAAGAAAGAGAUGCAUAGAUCACAAAGGGCAGAGAGUUUGCCGUGUUUCACCCGAGAAACAGACACCUCCACAACCCGAGAUUUUCACCGGACAAGAUCAUCACACUCACAAAGACUCUGAUGUUAUGUGUGGAGUGAUCUUGCCUGACAUGGAGCCUUGCAAUAAGAGACCUGUUCCUGGAAGAAAACGAUGUGAGGAUCAUAGAGGCAUGAGGAUCAAUGCUUUUCUCUUUCUUCUUAACCAGACAGAUCGUGAGAAAACCGUGAGAGACGAGAUAUCUAAUCCCGAAUCGCAUACGGAGUCAAGCGAACAAGAAGCUUCGACUCGCUUCUGUGAAGCUACAACAAAGAAUGGGUUACCUUGCACAAGAAGUUCUCCUAAAGGAAGCAAAAGGUGUUGGCAACAUAAAGAGAAAACUUCCUGCAAACAAUCGCCGGAAAAUGUUCAGCCAGGAGCUGAAAAACUCGUAGCCUGUGGAGUUAAGUUAUGUAAUGGAUUGAUCUGUGAAAGAUCUCCAGUCAAAGGUCGUAAGAGGUGUGAAGAGCACAAGGGAAUGAGAAUCAUCACUUAACCUGAUUGAUUUCGGUAUUAGUUUUCUGAAUUGAUCUUCUGUACCGGAUUAAGCAAAAUUUAAUUUUUAUUAAUUUAAAAACAGAUUAAACAUUUCUUAAAAAAACAGUUCAUCUAUUAA